AUAACAUCAGUCUUGUUCACUCCUCGACAGAAAAUGGCAGACAAGCUCGACCUUGACGAGAUCCUCAAGUUUGCAAUCUCCAUCGCGCGCAAUGCCGGAAAGCUGAUCCGUGACGGGCAGGCCAAGCGCUUCGCCUCUGAUGCGGCCCACGAGGACGAAAAGCAGAACUCUGUCGACCUCGUCACCGAGGUCGAUAAGGCUGUUGAGGACUUCCUCAUCGGCAAGAUCACAGCUGCGUACCCGCACCACAAGUUCAUCGGUGAGGAGACGUACGCUGGCGAGGAGAUCACCGACGAGCCAACCUGGAUUGGUGACCCCAUCGACGGCACCACCAACUUCAUCCACGGCUUCCCCAUGGUGGCUACGUCCAUUGGCCUGACUGUGGGCGGUGUGCCCGUCGUCGGCGUCAUCUACAACCCCUUCCUUGACCAGCUCUACUCGGCUGCCAAGGGCCGUGGCGCCUUCCUCAACGAGACUGUUCGCCUUCCCCUGACCGGCAAGGCCAAGCCUCUCAACUCGCUCGGCGAGGCUCUGAUCGGCGUCGAGUACGGCAGCUCUCGUUCGACGCCGGCUCUGCCCGCCAAGAUCGAGACUUUCAAGAACCUCACUCUUGACACCAAGGAGGGCGGCAAGAUGGCACAUUCGCUGCGUAGCCUGGGUAGUGCAGCUCUCAAUGUUGCCUAUGUCGCCUCUGGUGGCCUUGACAUUUACUUUGAGAUUGGCCCCUGGCCCUGGGAUGUUUGUGCGGGCAUGGUCCUUCUGGCCGAGACGGGCGGCGCUAGCUACGGAAGCAAGGCGUCGACUGACAGGUCCGGAGAGCCCAGUGCUAAGAUCAUGGCGAGCCGCCAGUACCUCUUCGUCCGCAACGUCGCGCCCCGAGAGGGUCAGACGACGCGCGAAACCCAGGCUGCGAUCGCAAAAGAGUUCUACGACGCGGCUGUGGUGUGGGACCCGUGAACAUGGUUGGAAUAGACGUAGUGGUGCAUGCAGCAAGAAAUACAACAU